CAAAUUUUCCUGCUCGGGAAAGAUGCUCACAAUUGGUUAAUUUCCGGUUUUCAGUGAAAGAUUUGUGUCCAAAUGAAGAAUCGUUACAUUGUUCUUCAGUAAAGCAGACAGGAAACUAUAUUGGAAUUGUUGUGUAGUGGAAAUCUGUAUCUGUAAUUUGUAUCUGCCAACCCACCGGAACAAAAGAUCGCCAUGGAUGAUCAAGUUUGCCCGCGAUGCAAAACGACCAAAUAUCGGAAUCCAUCGCUAAAACUGAUGGUGAACGUGUGUGGUCAUACAUUGUGCGAAAGCUGCGUAGAGUUACUGUUCCUCAAAGGGUCUGGUUCCUGUCCGGAGUGUAAUGUGGCGCUGCGAAGAAGCAACUUUCGCGUGCAGCUGUUCGAGGAUUCCAACGUCGAUAAGGAAGUACAGAUCCGCAAGCGUAUUCUGAAGGAUUUCAACAAAAAGGAGGAUGAUUUCGCAUCGCUGGACGAGUACAACGAUUACCUCGAAACGAUUGAAGAGCUCGUGUUUAACCUCUGCAACAACAUCGACAUCAUAAACACGAACAAACGGAUCGAACAGUACAAGCGGGAUAACCGGGACGUUAUUAUGAAGAACAAGAGCAAACUAAGCAAGGACGAGCUAGAGCUGGAACAGAUAGUCGAGUAUGAGAAGGAACAGUUUGAGCAGCGCCGCAAGGAGUUGGCCAUGAUUGAGGCGGAAAAUAGGAAACAGAAGACGAAAAAUAAGGAAGAACUGAUCGAUUCGCUUAUGGCAAGCUACGAGGAUGCGAAUGCGAUUGUUGAUAAGUUUACACAGAAAGCAGAACAGUCGCAGAUUCAGUUGCCGAAACCGGCCGCGCCACCGCCGGUAGCAAAGCAAACACACUUCUCGUCGGGCAUUGCGACCGGAUUCCAGGGUCAGCAUGGAUUCCUGGCCGUUCCGAAGCUAGAGGAGGGCCCAUUGUUUACGUAUGAAUCACAAGGCUUCGAAACUGGUGGUCCGGCACCGCCUUCGCUGGAGGAGGUGAUUGACAGCGGCUAUAUUUCUCAUAUACGACCUGAAAACUUGGCCGAAAAAGCGGGUGGUUUCCAAACAAAUAUUUCUUGUCUACGGGCUAUUCAGGAAGCAUUGGCAGGAUUGUACCACGGGUAGAAGUAGAUGUAAGAAAAUAAAUUUGCCUUACUUGAAUUCGUGUGAUAAACUUUCAUUAAAAAAGAGCUUUGGUCACAAUUCGAAACAAUGCCAAAGUUUUAUCAAAACGUUGAUCUUUCGCUAUAAAUU